AUUAGUCAAAUCAAAGGCGAUUAUACACGCUGCAACAUUGUGUCGGUUAAAGAGAAACGAGAUUAUUAGAAAUUACGAAAUAAAUUACUGUAUCACCAUUGUCUUUUACAAUACGUAUCUGUGCGAAUUCCUGAUUCAGAACAGCAAAAUCUUAACACAUUUGAAUAAAAUCUUCAAGUAAAGGUGGUGAAAAACAAUCUACAGAUAAUCGAGAUAUGCGAAGGAAAAAAUCAACAGUUACGUACAAAUAAGACACAGAUUUAAAAAAAUCAUAUUUUUUCACAAUUAUCAUUAAAACAAUAAAGUGAAAGAAUUUGACAUCAAAUAUUGCUGACAAAUUUGUUAAAUAAAAGUAGUAAAAAGCUGAUCAAAGAAAAACUAUAUCAGAUUAAUCACGAUUAAUCAACUGACAUAAUUGCUCUGGUAUAGUUACGAUAUACUUGCAGAAAAAACACAGAUUCUUUCCUCAAAAUAAAAAAAUCAAAAAGUGACAAGCCGAAUGAAGAAAAUGUGAAACCCGGUCCCUCUAGACAAAUAAAAGAAUCAACAAAUGACGAAAGUUCGGAGGACAAAGGUUCCAAUCUCUCUAGACAAAUGGAAAAAUUAAACAGUGACGACAACACAGAGGAUGAAGCUUCCAGUUCAACUAGACAACCGAGCGCAGAAAAGAAGAUAUUUAUUUGCGAUAUCUGUAAUGAAGAAUUUCAAACAAUAAGUAAUUACGGUCGACAUCGACGCGAACACUUAAUAAAAAAUAAGUUAGUAUGCUCUAAAUGUUCUCAAACAUUCAAUGCUUCACAAGACCUAGAAGUACAUUUGAAAACCUGCAAACAUGAGAUAUAUGUUUGCAAGAAAUGCAAAAAACAGUUCGAUUCUGUAUACAAAUUGUAUAAACAUUCGUUGUUGACACACAAUGUUAAUAUCGUGGAGUGUGAUAAGUGUGAGAAAUCGUUUAAGAAAUGUAGUCACUUUAGAGAACACUAUAUGAUACAUACAGACAAUUUACCGUUUAAAUGCAAUGUUUGCGGUAAGAAAUAUGCCGUGCAGUGGCGAUUAUCGGAGCACGAAAUGAUGCAUAAGGACGAGAAAAAUUACAGAUGUGACAAAUGCAAAAAGUGUUACAAAUGGAAGAAAAAUUUGGAUGCGCACAAACGAAAAAAGCACCCCGAGGAAAAUUUGGAUAAGCACAAACGAAAGAAGCAGCCCGAAGAAAAUUUGGAUAAGCACAAACGAAAAAAGCACCCCGAGGAAAAUUUGUCGCAGGAUGAGCAUUUGAAAACCUGCAAACAUGAGAUAUAUUUUUGCAAGGAAUGCAACAAACAGUUCGAUUCUGUAUACAAAUUGUAUGAACAUUUGCUGUCGACACACAAAAUUAAUACCGUGGAGUGUAAUAUUUGCGAGAAAUCUUUUAAGUGCUGUCGUCGCUUUAAAGAACACUAUAUGAUACAUGCAGACAAUUUACCGUUUAAAUGCAAUGUUUGCGGUAAGAAAUAUGCCACGAAGCAGAAAUUAUCGGAACACGAAAUGAUGCAUAAGAACGAGAAAAAUUACAGAUGCGACAAAUUCAAAAAGUGUUACAAAAUUAAGAAAUAUUUGAAUGUGCACAAACGAAAAAAUCACCCCGAGAAAAAUUUGUCGCAGGAUGAGCAUUUGAAAACCUGCAAACAUGAGAUAUAUUUUUGCAAGGAAUGCAACAAACAGUUCGAUUCUGUAUACAAAUUGUAUGAACAUUUGCUGUCGACACACAAAAUUAAUACCGUGGGGUGUAAUAUUUGCGAGAAAUCUUUUAAAAGCUGUGAUCGCUUUAAAGAACACUAUAUGAUACAUACAAACAAUUUAACGUUUGAGUGCAAUGUUUGCGGUAAGAAAUAUGCUUCGGCGAGCCAAUUAUUGACGCACAAAAUGGUGCAUAAAGACGAGAAAAAUCACAGAUGCGACAAAUGCAACAGAUGUUGCAAGAGGCAGCAACAUUUGUAUCACUACAUACGAGUAAAGCACCCCAAAGAAAAUUUGUCGCAGGUUGAGCAACAUUAUGAAGGCUCCAGUUUAGAAAUUAAUCUCGAACGUCAGAAAGACUCGCAAGAAUCAAGACGAAGCGAGCCCGAGUUAAAUAAGAUAUUAGAAUGCGAUAAUGACCGCGAAUUGCUGUCCAAACGUGACAAAGUGAUAUUUGAAAAAAAAGAGGAACUUCUGUCUGUCUCUAACGAGAAUAUAUCUAUAAUAGAUAAAAUUGACUACGUUAAACAUAUUGAACAUUCCGAGGAAAAUCCGCCUACAAAUCAACAAUGCGACGAACGAGCAAUUGAGUUAUCGAUCGAUGGAUAUUAUAAACGUACUUAUAAAACAAUAGAUGAAAUAAUGGAAGACAUUGAACUAUUUGAACGAGGGGAGUUAGUUCUCGAGGAACUGAGGGACCAGUUAAGACAAUUUGAACAUUUCGAGAAAAACCGUACAAAUCAACAACGCGACGAACGAGCAAUUGAGUUCUCGAUCGAUGUAGAUGAGGCUGCAAAUGUUCAGGCAAUUAAAUAUAAAAAUUAUCAACUGCAGGUGGCACUUCACGAAAGCUUGAAUUUCCAAUUAAACCUCUCAAAACAAAUUGAACAUUCCGAGAAAAAUCCAUCUACGAAUCGACAACGUGGUGAAAACUUUGAGUUCAAAAUUAACGUGGAAGCGUCGCAAGCAUCAACAAGUAGAGUUGAGUCCAUCGACAAUAUCGAUGAUACAUUUGGAUUCCAGUCCGACGUAGAAAUGCCGAUUUGGCUUCAGAUAGAACCAAUUGCCGAUUUGGCUUCAGAUAGCAACCAAUUCGACAGACCACAAUUUGCUUAA